CCGCAUCGCUCUUUAUCAGACAAGGACAACUGGACAUCUCCCACUCCCCAACUCACCAUGUCCACCCCGCUUGUCCCCGUCGUGCCCCUCUCGCCAGCCGAGGACGGCGCAAAGUCGCCCGUUGACCACGCCCCCGCACCCACCCCCUCCCCCGAAAGCAGCAGCCCGCGCUCUCCGCUCGUUGCCCUCAAACAUGACAAGCCGCUCAGUAGAUCCUCGAGCCUUCUCGAGCUGCUGCACCUCAAGGACGUGCACAUCCCCACUCCCCCUCCUGUCAAAUUCGCCCCCCUCGUCGUACCCCGCCACAGGCGGCUGCAGACUGCGGUCGUUGCGACAUGGUCCGUCAUGAUCCCCAUCUGCCUCACCGUGUUCUAUGGCAGCCUGUUCUUUUCCAAGUGGCUGCGGCCGCUCGCCGUCAUCUACGCCGUGUGGUUUAUCGUCGUCGACCGCGCAUGGCGGCACAAGGGCGGGCGCAGGAAGGACUGGGUCCGCCGCUCCGCCUUCUGGCGUUAUUUUGCUGACUACUACCCCAUCACGACGGUCAAGGAGGCCGACCUGCCUGCGGACCGCAAGUACGUGUUCGCUUAUCACCCGCACGGAAUCAUCAGCAUGGGCGCCGCGUGCACGUUCGCGACCGAGGCAACGGGCUUCUCGUCCCUCUUCCCCGGCGUCACCUGCCAUCUGCUAACGCUUGACGCCAACUUCUGGAUCCCCCUCUACCGCGACAUCUUGAUGGGCAUGGGCCUCGCGUCCGUCAGCAAGCGCAGCUGCCGCUCGAUUCUCAAGAUGGGGCGCAGCAUCUGCAUCGUCAUCGGCGGCGCCUCCGAGUCACUUUACGCGUACCCCGGCACGAACAAUCUCACGCUCAAGAAGCGCCUGGGCUUCAUCAAAAUCGCGAUCCGCGAGGGCGCAAACCUCGUGCCCGUGUACGGCUUUGGCGAGAACGACAUCUACGAGCUGCUGCCCAACGAAAAGGGCACGAUGACGUACAAGUUCCAGAAGUGGUUCCAGGGCACGUUCGGCUUCACUGUCCCAUUCUUCCACGGCCGCGGCGUAUUUACCUACAACUACGGCCUUAUGCCUCACCGCCGGCCCGUUACUGUCGUCGUGGGAGCGCCGAUCCCCGUCAAGCAGAUCGAAAAGCCCACAGACGAGGAGGUGCAGGCCGUGCACAACCAGUACAUCGAAGCGCUGCAGGCGCUCUGGGACAAGCACAAGGACGAGUAUGCCAAGGACCGCAAGUCCGAGCUCAAGCUUGUCGCGUAGGCCUCGGUGCUCCCAUGCCGCCAUCUCAUGUCUCAACACCCCAUACGGCCCCCACGUUCAACCAUAGAUGUAUAGAGAUGUAAUCGUUAUCUGGUCAGAUGUGC